GUGCGCAUGCGCGCCCCAAUUAGUACGCAUGCGCGUCUCCGGUGGGGGCUCCGUCCCUCCCUGUCCGCCGGCUUGUGCGCUUCUCUCAGGACCUUCCAGUUUGUUCCACAUGAUUUUCCCCAGAGGAAAAACAAUACUUUUAUAACGGUCGGUGGGGAAACAAAUACAUGUGCAGGAACCGUUACUCUAUGGUCAGCUUCUCCAGAGCGCAGUGGGCAGAGGCCACACGUGUUACGUCUCUUGCAUCCUAAUAAGGUGUUCCCUCCACUUGGGUUUCAGACAGUGGCGAGUUAUUUUGCUUUAUUUAUCCUGUCACCCUAGUUUGGAGGGGCGGACUGGUGCUGCAGAAACAUUUCUCGUAAGUACUAUCUGAACUUAAAACAAAAUCAGAUACCUGAGUUUGAAGGCGGUUGCUGUUUGUGAUAUCCGAGAACGGCAAAAAAACUGAAGGGCUAAGAACUGGGUAUGCCUUGAUUCACAAGAAGACUGGCUGGACCGUUCAGUGGCAGAAAAUUUCUGUUCAGCGCUCCAAGAAUUCUCUCCCGGCUGAGUCAGGAAGCAGCUGCUGGUGUGUGAGUUUUGAAACGUGGCACAGAUCCCCCACAGAGGCAUACAGACUGGUCCCUCAGGGUCUGAUAUUGGAGCUCAGAGGUGAUGCUCUUAACAGACGCGGACUUGACCAAGGGAACCCGUGUAAGUUUCAGGAGCCCGACAGUCUCUGGUCUUGAUUAGCGCCUCUGGGCGCGGCUGGGACUUCACAGCACCCGGCGGGGCCACCUCGGGUGGAAAUCCGAGUCUCUGCGCUGUGGCGUUGCCUCCAGAGGAAGCUGAGAACCAGUCUUCUAGAGCUCCAAAACCUGGGACUUAAUCCAGCUGACGCUGGCUUCAGCAUACUGACCAUGGGACCUGGCAGGAUUCCAUGUGCCCAGGACGAGCCGGCAGAGGUGGUGAACGCUGGCAUGAGUGACCCACGGCACCUGCUGCACGGCCAGUCUGCAGACAGAGCCACCGUGCAUCCAGCCUCUGGAAGGUGGACAGACUGGACGCCCCAGACAGACUGUGGCAGUGAGAGGAGCACAUGGUGGCACCUGCCCCUCUCUUGUUUGGCCGCCGCUACGCAGACAACAGGCCCACUGCAGGCCCGGCCUGCCGAAUUCCCCGCCGGCUCCAUUGUGCAGCUUCCGCGGGGAGGGCGCCGGGUGCAGCACCCUCUACGGGUCACUAACCUCCCCAAGGAGCGCGUCACCCCAGAAGCGCAGAGAACCCACGGGAGACGGGACGCCUGGACGUCAUUUAUUUUGCUGGAGCCCAGUGAUGGCAGCCUCUGAGCCGCCCGGGGCGUGGGGCGGCCACUGACUGCCCGAGGCAACCGCUGCGGCCGCCGCGCAGGAGGUGGACUCCGACCACUGGGCCCACUGGCUGGAGCCUGCACUCUUGGGGAGUCGAGCGCAAGUACUCCCAGGCGCAGGGGAACGGCGCCCUGUCCACUCCGCGCUGGCAGAGCUGCCCCCACCCAACGGGUCACUUUGCGGACCCGCUGGACAGAACGUGUAACUCGCACAUUAAAUGAAAGUCUGUUUAUCCAGGCCGAGCUUCCCCGCCGGUGCUGGCGUGGGCGGGAGGGGCCAGAAGAGCUGCGGAGCCUCUUGUGGGGGGAGGGCGGUGAGCAGGGCUUGUCAGGGGUCCUCUCCCCACCGUGUGCGCCGCCCGGAGCCUGGAAUCCCGCGGCGGCCUCGCGGCGCUUUGGGUGCGGGGCGGCCCCGCCCUCCCGGUAGGGAGGGGGCGGCCCCACACGCCCCGGGGGUGGGGCUCCGGGGGCGGUGCCCAGUCGGGCCCGCGCGGCCAUUGGCUGGGCCGCCGGCCCACCGGGCCCUAGUUUCCCGCGGGCUCCGGGCGGCCCGGGGGCAGGGCCGGGCUCGGACUACGCAGGGCGGAGCCCCGGAGAGACGCGGCCGACCCGCCCCGGCCCAUAAUCGGCGCCGCCGCCGCCGCCAAGACCGAGCGCAGGAGCUCGGACCCGAGGCCGCCGCCGGGCCCCGAACCCCGCCCGCCAUGCCCGCGCCCCGCGCUCUGGCGGCCGGCGCGCCAGCGCCUGGGAAGGCCGCGCUCACGCACCCGGGGAAGGCGAUCCUGGCAGGCGGCCUGGCGGGUGGCAUCGAAAUCUGCAUCACCUUUCCCACCGAGUAUGUGAAAACGCAGCUACAGCUGGACGAGCGCUCGCACCCACCGCGCUACCGGGGCAUCGGGGACUGCGUGCGGCAGACGGUCCGCAACCAUGGCGUCCUGGGCCUGUACCGCGGCCUCAGCUCCCUGCUCUACGGCUCCAUUCCGAAGGCGGCCGUCAGGUUCGGGAUGUUCGAGUUUCUCAGCAACCACAUGCGGGACGCCCAGGGACGGCUGGACAGCACGCGCGGGCUGCUGUGCGGCCUGGGCGCUGGUGUGGCCGAGGCCGUGGUGGUCGUGUGCCCCAUGGAGACCAUCAAGGUGAAGUUCAUCCAUGACCAGACCUCCCCCAGCCCCAAAUACAGAGGAUUCUUCCACGGGGUCAGGGAGAUCGUGCGGGAACAAGGGCUAAAGGGGACGUACCAGGGCCUCACGGCCACCGUGCUGAAGCAGGGAUCCAACCAGGCCAUUCGAUUCUUCGUCAUGACCUCCUUGCGCAACUGGUACCGAGGGGACAACCCCAACAAGCCCAUGAACCCGCUCAUCACUGGCGUGUUUGGAGCCAUCGCGGGCGCAGCCAGUGUCUUCGGGAACACUCCUCUGGACGUGAUCAAGACCCGGAUGCAGGGCCUGGAGGCGCACAAGUACCGCAACACGUGGGACUGCGGCCUGCAGAUCCUGAGGAACGAGGGGCCCAAGGCGUUCUACAAGGGCACCGUCCCCCGCCUGGGCCGGGUGUGCCUGGACGUGGCCAUCGUGUUCGUCAUCUAUGACGAGGUGGUGAAGCUGCUCAACAAAGUGUGGAAGACAGACUGAGCCCCGGGGUCUGCGCAUGGGCUGCUCCCAGCGCCCCCUUCUCACAAUUGCAGUGCAGUCGUGCCAAAAGGCCCCCUUCUCCUGUCCCUUACAGUCCAUGGCCCAGGGCUGUCCCCUGUGGCCAUCGGGUCCAUGUGUCCCCUGUGGUCUGUAUGACACCACCGUGGUGUCCAUGUGUCCAGCUGAGACCGGGUGUUCCUCUGGCCUGUGAAUCUGUGCCCACUUGUCCACGUGCUUACUCGUAUGCCUGUGUUUCAUGUUUCGUGUUCUGUGACCCUGUGCCCCACUUCCCGGGGUGCCUGUGUGGCCUUGGGUCACGGCCCUGUAGCCAUGGCCUGGUCCCAGCCCGGUGCCUUCCACCCUGGGCAGCAGGGGCAUCACCCUGGCCUACCACAGCUGCCUCUGGGCCUCAGCCUGGCCUCACUGCAUUCCAGGGGCUGCGUACCCCCCGCUUCUCCCGCCACUGGCCUUAACCAGCCCUUGGGCCCUCCCUCCGCCCAGGACAGGGUGGCACCUGCCACUCUCAGGACCACCCUUCCAAGGCAGAAUAAACUGGAUCCUGUUGCA